UCGCGAGACUCGGCGCUAUAUAAAGCGGCGCGGGAGAGCCCUGCCCCUUUCCGCGCCCCGGAGCCGCCAUGGACACGAGCCGCGUGCAGCCCAUCAAGCUGGCCAGGGUCACCAAGGUGCUGGGCCGGACCGGGUCCCAGGGGCAGUGCACGCAGGUGCGCGUUGAGUUCAUGGACGACACGAGCCGCUCCAUCAUCCGCAACGUGAAGGGCCCGGUGCGAGAGGGGGACGUUCUCACCCUGCUGGAGUCGGAGCGCGAGGCCCGGCGGCUGCGCUGAGCGGGACCGGCCCGAGCGCCCGUCCCGGGGGAUGGAGCCUGGCGACCGGCCCUGAUCGUCCGCCGGGAUGGAGCCUCGGGGGUGGGGAGGAGCGUGGUGGUGUUGCCGUUGCAAUAAAGGGUUUUUCCAGUA